AUGGAUUUGCGAGCUGCUCUACAUGAGGACUGUAAGUAUACAAUAGCUGAAAUGGUUUAUGGCAAAAAAUUACCUGGCGAAAUUUUUGAAGGAUCAAACAUGCCCAUAUCUAAUGAUAAUUUUGUAAGUAAUCUUCGAAAUCAGAUGGCUCUCUUAAAGCCGUAUCAAUCCAAAUCCAAAUCCAAAUGUAAACAAAAGAUUUUCAUUCCAAAAUAUUUGUACACAUGCUCGCAUGUGUUUCUGCGGCUUGACAGAGUAAAAAAACCUUUGGCGCCCCCAUAUGAAGGACCCUUUUUGGUACUGCAAAGAACCCCGAAAUAUUUUAAUCUAUCAAUUAAAAAUAGACAAGUUAGUAUCUCUGUGGAUAGGUUAAAACCAGCUUAUGUGUUACAACCUAAUGAACUUUUGCUUCCAACUUCAAAAAGUGAUCAUACAUCUGUGCCAAGUAAGCAAACAUCUGUGCCAAGUCAGCAACUAGAACAACCUAAAAAAUCAACACGCUGUGGAAGACAAGUAAAACUUCCAGUUCGUUUCAAUGACGUUAUUGAUUCUUCUUGA